UCAACAGACUUGCUUUCCCAAAUGAUGACCCAAGCAUCCUUGAAUCUCCCCUUCUUUCCUCAGAGGAUUCAAGGUCUGCUAGAAACGGGUCCAACCUUUGUCACCACACACCAGGGUCUCUACCUGCAAACCAACUCCUCACCUGUAAUGCAAUAGUUUCCAGAAAUGAUGGUGAGGGUAGAAACAAUAGCUUCUCUUCAAGAGAACAACAGAGAGAUGGAAAAGAUAUUGGUAUCACUCAAAAUUCCAAGAAUAGAUGUCAUAACAUUAGAAAAAACACUAACUUUAAAGUUCGAGAAUGUGGUAAGAGAAAUGGAAAUCAUCCUUCUUCCAUUAGAUCUAACCAAAUUUAGUCUAGAGAUUUAUCCACCGUCUCAGACCAACACUCUUUGCUUCACCUGUCGAAUGUGCCCAAUAUCCAACAGCAGAAAGAGGAAAUCAAUGUCCCCAUCAAAUCUGGACAGAGGGAAGACUCCAUUGGGAGAGAUUCCCAACCCUCCAACUCGAUUGAUAAUGAAGUGCAUCAUAUGGAAUGUUAGGGGGGCGAACAAUACCGAAUUCAAGCGGAAUUACAAGUUCAUGGUCCAAAUUCACCAACCUGUUAUCCUAGGUCUCCUAGAAACUAGAAUGCAAGACCAUAAAAGAAUCUCUAAAACUCUUGGUUUUUCUAACAACAUCCAAUUUCCAGCAACUGGCAAUUUUGGCGGCCGAGUCUUAAUGUGGAAAGAUGAGAACAUCAACAUCACUGAAAUUUCUAUCUCACCCCAAGUGAUCUACACCAUGAUUCAGGUCAAGAUUAAGGAGGUUGGGAGCUCCGGCAGUUCGGCACUGCUUUAGGGAACAAAACCAAGCUGCGGUUGCUCUAUCCAAAGAAGGAACAACAGAUAAAUAUUUUGAAGGCAAGAAACUUUUUAUAGUUCCUCCGGUGUUUGUCCGGAAAAUAGUCUGGCUAGACAUGGUAGGAUCUAUGUAUAAAAGAUAUGUUAAUCAGUGUAUGACUACCCAAACUAAUGGGUCCAGAACCUAUUUUGUGCUUGAUCCAGGCUAGUGAAUACCUGGGAAUGCUUGUACCUCUA